UUUGCGGGUUAAGGACGCUUAAAGCAGGGGUUUUAAUGUCAUGACGUCACAUUAAUUAGCGGCCACUUUGAUCCUUUCAGUCUCUAAGCUGCACUCCGUCCCAUUCCCUCUGUGUGCGCCUGGACACGGGACGCGUCAGUGACUCCAUCAGGGACCGCGCAGGAGAAUGCACUCCGACGGAGGCAUCUGAUCCAUCUGUGUCCAUCUUCACAAACUCCCCCCUCCCCCCCCAAAAAAACCCAAUUCCACAGGUGAUGCUUUUGUGAGUCCAAACGCUGCUUUCAAGUCAAAAUGGCAGAUAAGGAUAGCGUGGAGAAAUACCUGGAGAACAACCCGCAGUUCGCCAAAGAGUAUUUCGACAAGAAGGUGCGCGCCGAAGCACUGUCCGCCGCCUUUUCCACUACCCUCGACAUCAAGGACACGGCCUCGUUCAAGGAUGUUAACUCCGUGCAAGAGGCCGCCCUCAUCUUCGAGCUGGUGCAGGAGCUGCAGAAGCAAGAUGCCAUGGAGAAGUCCCUUCACAAAGUGUUGCAGAGGAUCGCCCUCAUCCUGCAGGCCGACAGGGUCAGCUUCUACGGGUGCCGAGCCAGGAACGGAAUACCUGAGCUCUCCACUGUCCUCUUUGACGUGACUCCGACGUCCAAAUACGAAGGGAACCUGGUUGAUCCGCAGGCUGAAAUUGUGUUCCCACUCGAGAUGGGGAUUGUCGGUCACACCGCGCAGACCAAAAAGCCGCAAAAUGUUCCUGACGUCUCAAAGAAUCCAAAGUUCUCUGACUUUGUGGACAAACAGACUGGGUACAAGACCAAAUGCAUGCUCACGUUCCCACUGAUGGCCGACAAAGAGUGCCUUGGAGUCGUCAUGGUACUAAACAAAAUAGGAGCCGAUAGCUUCACUAAAGAGGACGAGACGCUCUUCCACAAGUACAUGAACUUUGCUCAAGUCAUCGCCCUGCAGCAUUACACAAACUACAUGUUCAACGUGGAGUCCAGAAGGAGUCAGGUGCUGCUCUGGUCAGCCAGUAAAGUGUUUGAAGAGUUGACAGACAUUGAGAGACAGUUCCACAAAGCGCUCUACACCGUAAGGAUCUAUCUACAUUGUGAACGAUACUCAGUGGGCCUGCUGGACAUGACCAAAGAGAAGGAAUUUUACGAUGAAUGGCCGAUUAAACUCGGAGAUGUGGAGCCUUACAAAGGACCGAAAACACCAGACGGCAGGGAAAUCAUUUUUUACAAGAUCAUUGACUACCUCCUGGAAGGCAAAGAAGAAAUCAAAGUCAUACCUGGUCCACCUCCAGAUCACUGGGCUCUGGUUAGCGGACUGCCCACCUAUGUUGCAGAGAACGGCUUUAUUUGCAACAUGAUGAACGUGGCUGCAGACGACUACUUCACUUUCCAGAAAGAGGCCGUGGAUGAGACGGGUUUCGUCAUCAAGAACGUCUUGUCGCUGCCAAUCGUCAACAAGAAGGAAGAAAUUGUGGGCAUCGCAACUUUCUUCAACAGGAAAGAUGGCAAACCAUUCGAUGAGCACGAUGAACAGAUCACUGAGGCCCUGACACAGUUCCUGGGGUGGUCAGUGCUGAACUGUGAUACGUAUGACAAGCUGAACCGUAUGGAGUACAGGAAAGACAUUGCCCAGGAGAUGCUCAUGUACCAGACCAGAUGCACCAACGAUGAGAUGCAGUCCAUUCUGAACACCAAAGAGAAAUUUGAUGCAGAACCUGAAGACUGUGACCAGAAAGAGAUGUACAAGCUAUUGAGAGCAACCUGCCCGCCAGCUGACAACGUCAAUGGAGAGAGUCUGUACCUGUUCUCCUUCAGUGACUUCCCCGUUUCAGAGUUCGACCUUAUCAAAGCCGGUAUCCGCAUGUUCUUUGAGCUCGGAGUUGUCGAGAAGUUUAAAGUUCCCGCAGAGACGCUGACCAAGUGGAUGUACACUGUGAGGAAGGGUUACCGUGCCAUCACCUACCACAACUGGAGGCAUGGUUUCAACGUGGGCCACACCAUGUUCUGUCUACUUCAGACAGGGAGGCUGAGGAAGUACUACUCUGAUCUAGAUGCCUUCGCCAUGGUGGCUGCUGCUUUCUGCCAUGAUAUCGACCACAGAGGGACCAACAACCUCUACCAGACGAAGAGUCUACAUCCGUUGGCCAAACUUCAUGGCUCCUCCAUCAUGGAGAGGCACCAUUUGGAGUACAGCAAGACGCUCAUGGCAGAGGAGAGCUUGAACAUCUUCUGCAACCUCCAGAAGCGUCAGUUUGAGACCGUGCAGCACUUGUUUGACGUCUGCAUCAUUGCCACCGAUCUGGCCCUUUAUUUCAAAAAGAGAACCAUGUUCCAAAACAUUGUGAAUGCCACAGAGCCAAUGGCAGAAGAGAAGGAGGCCAUUUCUUAUAUCUCCAACAACCCCAUCAGGAAGGAAAUUAUCAUGGCCAUGAUGAUGACAGGUUGUGACUUGUCAGCCAUCACCAAGCCCUGGGAGGUACAGAGCAAGGUGGCUCUGAUGGUAGCAGCUGAAUUCUGGGAACAGGGUGAUUUGGAGAGAUCAGUUUUGGAUCAACAACCAAUUCCCAUGAUGGACAGAAACUGUGCCGAGCAGCUGCCCAAGAUGCAGUGUGGGUUCAUCGACUUCGUGUGCUCAUUUGUAUACAAGGAAUUCUCGAGGUUCCACAAAGAGAUCACGCCCAUGUUCGACGGUCUGAACAACAACAGGUCGCACUGGAAUGAGCUGGCCGAGGUGUACAAUGCAAAGAUGAAGGCCAUUGAGGACGAGAAGAAGAAGCUAGAAGAAGAAGAAGCCAAGAAAGCUGGUGGUGGUGGUGGCGGUGAAGGAGGGAAGUCAAAAACCUGCACAAUCUGUUAAGUUCACCUGGUGUUUGGAUCUGGACUCAUGUGGUCUGUUUAGGACUAAUCUAGACAACACUAGUCUGUUCUGGUCUGACAAGUCUUCUUGUUGGAUUUUAUCCUUGGUCUUGUCUCAUCUGCACCAGUGUAGUUCUUUGGUUAUUUGCUUUCCACUUCGGCGCUGACCAGUCCAGCCCUAUUUUGGCCUGGAAUGGUUCAGUGUAGCCCACUAGUCAAGUGUAGUCAGAUCUGGUCUGCAGUGCAGGUCUGGAUCAGACCAGCCUAACUAUUCUUCAAGGAGGGAAGGAAAAGUGGGAAACUUCAUCGGAAUGUUUGGACUCUGACUGCAAGAGAAGAUGUUUGACUGAAGAAGUCUUUCAUCCUUUCUCCUUCCUCUGCUUUCCACAACGUACAGCCAUGAACAUUUGAAAAGCGAAACAUUUAUCGUAGUGAGAAUCCAAAGAUUUCUGACAUGGUUUGGAACCGUGAUGGGGAAAAACUCAUAAGCUAGUCAUGGAAGUCGUGCGAUGAAAAAAGUCCUUCAUGUUUGUAGUUGAAGUAGGCUUCUGCAUGAGCUUCAUGUGGGGUGUAUACAUGCCAAAGCUGUAGCAGUCCGACAGUGUUCCUAUUAGCAGUCUGUUACCACACAGUACUGUAGAUUGCACAAUGCACUUAGCUGCUGCUGUUAAAGCAGUGGCAGGCCUGAACACAGGGAGGGAGAGCAGGCAGGAAAAAUAACUACCUACCUUUCUAUAAUAACUACAGGAACCAGAGGAAGGGGUUAAAAAUUAGAAUGUAAACAGUUAAAGUAACAUGUAAUGAGAUGUAAAAUGAACUCCUUCAGCGCAAGAACUGCAAUUUGAAGGGUCUUUUGACGCUUUAACAGUGACACCACAGCGAUAAAAUCAACAAAGGCUCAUGUUCUGUUACCUCAAAACAUGUGAGGGAUAUAUUUAUUUUAAUAUGCAAUUUAUCACUAUACAAUUAUAUUUUUGAUUCGUCUUUGAGUAUUUUGUACUUGAAGUUGACGGAGAGUUUGAGAGGAGCUUUUAAAGAGGGCAUUCUGAAUCUGGUGACAAACCUGCGCUGAAAUCUUACUUGGGCAUCGUGAAGAUGAACUGAAUGUGAGAAACAUUUGUUGUCAGCUUUCAUCACCACCUUUAAGCUGUGUUUUUGACGGGAGAAAUGCAAAAAAAAAUCUCCCACAUGUCUUUUAAAUAUGCAUGAUUUCACUUGUAUAUAGUUUAUGACAUAGAAAUGAUAAAAUGUAAAUUGUGUAAACUUAAAUAACUGAGGUGUAAAAACAAAAGUGAUUUGAAGGUUGUAAAAGCAACUUUUGCUUCUUCUAAGCAGCCAAGAGUCACAGUCAAACAGUACAGUAGAUCUACCUCUCUUGUAAGAAGAUUUGAUAGGAUUUGAUCGCCAGCCAGUGUUUGAGAUCCACACAGCUUUAGACUUUAAAUACCCUUCUUACAAAGGAGACAAAUGAGGCUUCCAAAGCCUUAUCAUAUGUAUGUACAGGUGACUUGUGUUUGUAAAGAUGCAACUAUAGCAUCCUUGAUUGUGUGACGGUAC